AAUUUUCCUAACUUUGAUUAGUGUAAAACACCAUGGAGGAGCUAAGAAAAGCAAAUUGCCUUUUCACUCUUGACCUAUUCAGAAAGCUGAUUGAAAGCAAUCAAGAUGGCAACAUCUUUUUUUCUCCAUUCAGCAUCUCUGUUGCAUUGGCCAUGGUUUACCUUGGAGCAAAGAAUAACACGGCAUCUCAGAUGGCAAAAACUCUUCAUUUUGAUCAAGUACAAAAUGUCCACUCUGGAUUCCAGGAAAUGCAAUCGGAGAUUAACCGAGCUGAUGCUGCAUAUCUGUUGAAAGUGGCCAAUCGACUAUAUGGAGAGAAGACCUAUAGCUUCCUAGAGGAAUUCCUUACGUCCUCCAUGAAAUUCUAUGGAGCAAAGAUGUCUGCAGUUGAUUUCCGAACUGCUGCAAAUGAAAUAAGGCAGGAGAUCAAUAAAUGGGUGGAAGCAGAGACUGUAAAUAAAAUCAAAGACUUGCUGGCUGAGGGCUCAGUGGACGGUGAUACUAGACUUGUGUUGGUGAAUGCUAUCUACUUCAAAGGAACCUGGGCUGAGACCUUUGAUGAACAAGACACAAGGGAAAUGCCAUUCAAACUGAAUAAGAAUGAAACAAGGCUAUUGCUGCCAGAAUUUUAAAGCAAACCGUUAUUU